GUACUCUUCAACUUUUAAUGUAUGUGAGUUAUGGGUUCAAGUUUGGAACAUCCCUUUACACUGGAUGUCAAUGGACGUUGGGAGCAAAAUUGGAAAUGCGUUAGGAGGUAUCGUGGAUAUUGUAAUCCCUGAAAAUGGAAGCAAAGAGGGACAAUAUAUAAGGCUGAAAGCCAGGAUGAAUAUAACUAAGCCACUACCUAGGGGACAUAAUGAGAAAACAUGUGCCCACAGAGCCAAGGAUGUACAGGAUGGCACUGUUAAAACUGAUCAGUUCGGGAUUUGGCUAAAAGCAGAGAACCAUGCUCCUCUCUCGGAAAAGCGUAGGCGACAAGGGACAAACAGUACUAAUGGAGAAGAGUCGAAAGAAUUGUAA